AUGGAAGUCCAGCCCAUAACCAUGCACGAUGAAAAAGAACAUUCAUCGAAUGUGGAGUUAAGUAAUAAUAGGGAAAAGUUAUCAGAAGAUAAUCACUCACUGGAAGACGAUGAUUAUGAUCCGGAAAACAUUGGAGUUCAACUCACAGACACUAGUGAAGCUGACCAGGAAUCUUCACUGCUUUUAACUACACAAACCGCUCCAUCAAAUGCUAACGAGGAAGUCAUGGUGCCAACAAAUAGCGUACCUCAACAUGAAAAGGAAGUAGACACUGAAGCAAAAGAACAUACACAUGAACUUGAGCAUGACACUUGGAAAUCUCAGGAGGGAAAAGACAAUGACAAUGAAAACGAACUAACUGGGACGAAAGAUACAUCUAGCACCGACAAGAUUUCAGAUAUCAACCAGAAGAGCGCUACAACUACCUAUACGGCGAUUGGUAAACACAGUCCAAGCCAAGCAGCAAUACCGAAUGGCCUUCACGCAGAAAAAGCAAUUGACGGCGCCAAACUUGAUAGUGCUACACCAAAAGUGGACACUGCUCAAGAUCCACCUAAUAAUAUGAAGACCGUCUCCGAAGAAUUAUCUGCAUCUAACGAAGUAUCUCACGAGUCUGAUGAUGAAGAAGACGUUCAACAACAACAACAACAACAACAACAACAAGAGGAAGAAAAAGAAGAAGAAGAAGAAGAUGACGAUUAUGACCCUUUGCAACUAGGACCCAUCGAAAAAGGGAAACCAGAUCUUCCUGCAAAGCCGCAAAUGCAACAAGAGAGCGCACUUGCUGAUGCAUACAAAAUGAUCAUGGAAAGUGAAGUUGUCAAGCAACCAGAGUUUCUUCAGUUAUCUCAGGAAGACCAAAUGAAAGUCAUACUGGAGCUUCUCGCACAGAAAAAGAUAAUGUUGCCACAAACUUCAAUUCAGUCUCCCUCUUUACCAUUAACUUCCCAAAAUGCACCUAAUGCUAAAGCCAACCAGAAGUGUCGUCGACCUGAUAUCUCUAUUCCUCCUACAAGGGAAGAAGAACAAGCAUUCGCAUCAUUUCUAGAGGCGGAGACAACAAUAACAAGGGACCAAGAAUUUCCAGAGAAUCUGAGACUUUACCUCGGAAAUUUACCCAAUAGUAUUUCGAAGCAGGAUCUUUUUCGCAUUCUCAGUCAAUAUGGUGAAGUUCUACAAAUUGAAAUGAAGCGUGGUUACGCAUUUGCACAAUUCCGGACAGCAGAAGCUUGUUCUGAAUUUAUAGAAGGAGAAACAGGAAUACCGCUCCAUAAUUCUUACUUAAGACUAGCGCCAGCCCUGAGGCCCAAACCAACCCAGCCUGUUGUGAGAGCUCGCGAGCGAGAAGAGAAUGAGGAUGAUGAACCGGAAUCUAAAAGACCACACAAUGAACGGGAAUGUCUGGUGUUCGUGACGAACGAAGCUGUUUCCGCAUUUGUGGAAGAAGUCGAGGAAGCAUUCAAAUCCGCCGGCAUCCUGUUUGCCCUUCAGGAAAUUGGAGACAAACCACCAGCAGAUGAGGUGUGCGAGGCAGCUUAUCUGGGAGUCCUAGCUGCAUGUGUGGUGAAGAAUAACCAACUCGACAUCCAAACAUUCGAAGAGACGGAAGACGGUGGAAUCCGCUUUGAUGAAUACGAAAAUGUUGAACCAAGCGUCGCUGCUGACAUCUUGAGAAAACAAAAGGAUCAGCAACGAACGAAAAAUACGCGAGGGGAAGCCAAGGAUACUCAACCUAAGCGAGCGGAGGAAUGGCAAAAAGGAGACGAUCAAAAUAUUCCCAGACAGCCUCAUUUGCGUGAUGGGCCUCGGCACUUCACAGAAAACCACUCAUAUCGCCGUCCAAAUCAUCAUCUGUCGUCCCAACGUCAAAAUAACUUCAGACGGCACCAAUACGGGUAUGACAAUGAUCAUGGCACUCACUAUGCUCACCGCAAUGGCCCUUAUCGUGCAGAUAAUAACGAUAAUCUGUACAUGCCGCAAUACAACCAAACAAACAAUAAUCGAUCCUCAAAUGAAUCAUAUAAUCAGCCGCUCAAUCAGCCAUAUAAUCAACCAUUCAAUCAACCAUUCAAUCAACCUUUCGGUCAACCAUAUAAUCAGCCAUACAAUCAGCAAUACGAUUCGCCAUACAAUCAACCGCAAAAUCGAAAAUUCAAUCUGCCCUACAGUGAACCAUAUACUCAGGCAAAUCAAGCACACUUCAGGAACAGGCAGCAAUAUAGGGGGAACAACGCAAGGUAUAACCAACCAAACAUGCCACAAGCACCAUACAAUCUGCAGCACAAUACUCAACCUAACAACCAAUCCUACUACCAGAAUAUCGCAAACAACUCUCCAUUUAAUCAGCCAUAUACUAACAACCAACUGUACAAUAAUAACCAUGCAUAUGACCAACCACAUACUGCCGAUCAGCCUUAUUCAAAUGGUAAAACAUACACUCCCAACAAUAUUCCAAACAACCAGUCUAAUUAUCAACCUUCUUAUCAACCAAACUAUAAAGGUUACGAUCAAGUACAACCGUACAAUCAAGUAAAGCCAUUCCACCAGCCACAUCAGAGUAUCAAACCUAAUUGGCAAGGUCAAAAUCCCGAAAGCGGAAACGCGUUUCAACAAGGUCAAACCAGCACCCCGUAUGGCAGUGGCCAACAACUUAGCCCUGAAGUAUUAAGUACUCUUCAAAAUCUCGACCCCCAUGCUAUGCAAACAGUCGUUUCUUUAUUGCAGGGAAAAGUCAAUCCUAACUCUCCUAACCAGUUCGUGCAGGCUAAUAGCCAACAAUCAUACUCUUCAACUCCGCAAACCCAACCUCCUCCAAGUCAAUACCAGUACACUCCGCGAAGCGAACCUAAAGAAGGAAGACCUCAAAAUAGUUCCUUGAUGGAUAUGUUGGCUCGCUUGGGGAAACUCGUAAUGAGUCUACAGUAA